AUGCAGGCGCUUCGUGUCCUUCAGCGAUCUGGUCUCCAGAAGGCGGUCGCCGCCGCCUCGUCGUCCACCUCGACCCUCUCGCAGCGCUCCUUCCACUCGUCGCGACGGGCGCUCGAGUUCUCCAAGUUCAACAUGCCCGCCAUGUCGCCCACCAUGACCGAGGGUGGUAUCGCCGCUUGGAAGAAGAAGCCCGGUGAGGCUUUCUCCGCCGGUGAUGUGCUGCUCGAGAUUGAGACCGACAAGGCUACCAUGGAUGUCGAGGCUCAGGACGACGGUGUCCUCGCCAAGAUUCUGGUCGGCGAUGGCUCCAAGGCUGUCCAGGUCAACUCGUUGAUCGCCAUCAUGGCUGAGGAGGGUGAUGACCUCUCGCAAGCCGACUCUUUCGCCGAAAAGGCUGGCUCUGAGGGCGGUGACGCCAAGCCAGCGGCCAAGGAGGAGCCCAAGGAGGAGUCCAAGCCCGCCGAGCAGCCCAAGCAGCAGGAGUCCAAGUCCGACGCAUCCUCGUCCGCAUCUUCCUCCUCGAGCUCCUCUUCGUCCACCUCGCAGAGCUCGGGCGACCGCAUCUUUGCUACACCCGUCGCUCGCAGGUUGGCACAGGACAAGGGCAUCGCCCUCAACAAGAUCAAGGGCACCGGUCCCGAGGGCCGCAUCAUCAAGGCCGACGUAGAGAACUACAAGCCUGAAGCUGCUGCUCCUGCCGCUUCGUCCUCUGCCCCCUCCAAGUCCGCCAGCUCCUCUGCCGCUCCCGCCAAGUCUUCGUCUGCCCCUGCUCCUGCUUCGGGCGAGGGCGACUACACCGACCUCCCCGUCUCCAACAUGCGACGCACCAUCGCUGGCCGUCUUACCGAAUCCAAGUCCGCCGUGCCCCACUACUACGUCAGCAUCGACGUCGAGAUGGACAAGGUGCUCAAGCUGCGCGAGGUGUUCAACAAGGCUGCCACCGAGAAGGCCGGCAAGGAUGUCGAGAAGGCCAAGGCGGCCAAGCUUUCCGUCGGCGACUUCAUCACCAAGGCAGCCGGUGUUGCGCUCAAGGAGGUGCCCGAGGUCAACUCGGCCUGGUACGGCGACUUUAUCCGCCAGUUCAACAAGGCCGACAUCUCGAUCGCCGUCUCCACCCCUACUGGUCUCAUCACCCCUAUCGUCAAGGACGUCGGUGGAUCUGGGUUGGCCACGAUCUCGGCGGCCACCAAGCAGCUCGCCUCCAAGGCCCGCGCAGGCAAGCUCGCACCCCAAGAGUACCAGGGCGGUUCGUUCACCAUCUCCAACAUGGGCAUGUUUGGCAUCACCCACUUCACCGCCAUCAUCAACCCGCCCCAGAGCUGCAUCCUCGCCAUCGGCGGUACCGAGGCUCGUCUCAUUCCCGACAGCGAGAGCGAACAGGGCUUCAGGAAGGCCAUGGUCAUGCAGGCCACCAUCUCGGCCGACCACCGCACCGUCGACGGUGCCACUGCGGCCAAGUGGAUGAAGGCGUUCAAGGACGCCCUUGAGAACCCGCUCAGCUUCAUGCUCUGA